ACAGCUGACAUCAAGCUCUUCCGAUUCACUUUCUGCCUCCAAGGUCAUGCUGCUCGGACCAACUGCUAGCAGCAACUUACUUGUGAUUUGCCUCGUUGCCAUCCGGAACAAUCAAUUCGGCCGUGGCCAGAAGUCGGCCAUUUUCCCUGAACGGUUUCUCUCACCGGCCGUGUGCUUUUGCGUGCGUUGUGCUUGUGUGCGUGCUUGAAGUAUGCUCGGUCUACUACCAGCGAAUUCGUGGGGAAAUGUUUGCUGAAUUUGUAUUUGCUUGCUACCAACAAUCGGCGCAUUUGCCGGUCGAUGCGAUGCACAACAAUCGACUCAAUCAUUGACGCGUAGGAAGCAUGUUAUGUUGGGUUGCGUGCCUUGUUGCCGUGGUGCUGUCAGUGAGAAAAUAACGUGCAUGAUUAUGUUGAUGUGUGUGCGUGCGCGUAAAAAUAAACGGCAACGUUGCCUGCAUUGGUGUGUUACUGGUGUUUGUUCUGAUGCUUUCUUUUCUACGUAGCCGUAGUAAAUACAACGCAUGCUGGCAUGCUUAUGACAACAAACACUAGGACAAACUUUCUGCGCGUGAGGUCCUCUCUACUCAUAGCCAUGUUUACGGGAGAGAGUGAGUGUGCGUGCGUGUGCAUUUAAGGCAAUGGCUGCUAAGGAUGUGAUGAGUGAGGUGAAAGUGAUGAAAGGCUUAUCUGCUACUAUGCGUACACGGAUUUGUUGUUGUUAUUCGUAAAGAGACUUGAGUUGCACAGGAAUUCUACAAUGGAUUGAGUUUUCCAUUAUGUUCUAGUUGUUAAAUCCCGUUUGGAAGUGUGUAAUACGUGUAUGUACCACCGGUCCCUUGUUGAAAGUAAAUUUACCGGCUGGCGUCGUUAAUUGUAGGUGUGUGCGUAUGUAUGCCAUGCAUUCGCAAAAGCUUUAAAAAAAGUCAAAAGUAAUUUUUCCAUUUUUCUCGUGAGGAAAUUUUUUCACAUAUCCAAGAAUUCGUGUCGUAGGUUAAAGUGGCAAGUGAAAGUAUGUUUUAUGUGCUACAUCUGUUUUUUUGGCUUUUCGUUUUAUCUUUCGUAAAAGGGUGAAAGGCUCUAGGGUUUUGUAUACUUUAAAGAAAGGCACUUUGUGUUAACAGUGGAGGCCAAGGUCGGGCGAAUAAGUAAUUUGGCAUUUAUUUUUAGAGUGAGCCAGAAGUGAAUGCAAAAGUGUUUAAAUUUUAAAUAUCGUUGAAUGCCUCAUGGCAACAUCGGUAGGCAAUAUGGAAUCCCACGACCUUUCGGAAACAAUGAACGAUUUUCUACCGUUGUUGCCGGAAAACAUCAAACAGGAAUUGUUUGAUGCAACCGAAAAGGGCAAUCUGUGCGACAGUGUUGAAAAUAAGAUUGAUGAAGCGGAAACAGCUAACGAACCACCGGCUCCUUCGAAAUGCGUCUGGUGUCAGCAAACACUUUCACCCAAUGAUCAUCCGAAGCUGCUCGAAUGUCUGCACAUUGCCUGCCAUGCCUGUGUUAAACAGAAGAUCACAGAUCUGUCGCACAACUCGCCUCUCAUUUGUCCGGUGUGCAAAAUGGAGAGUCAACUCGAAUACAUAAUUGACAACGUGUUUCUGAACGAAACAUCAUCCACGAGCGGCGAGGACAAUCCGGGCAGUGUGGAAUCAAUGAAGGAUCAGAUCAAGUGCAGCAGCUGCAGUGAUGAUGCGAAUGCGACGUCUUGGUGUGUGGAAUGUGCAGAAUUCAUAUGCGAUAGUUGCGUGCAGGCCCAUCAGAGGCUAAAAAUCACGAAGGAACACACAAUCAAACCGAAGGAGGCAGCAUGUAGUGAGCAGACGAACAGCAAUGGAUUAGCCGGGAAGAGUAUCAUGUGUCACAUGCAUUCACAGGAAAAAUUAUCUCUCUACUGUGAAACAUGUGACCGUUUGACCUGUCGGGAUUGUCAACUGUUGGAUCACCGAGACCACAAGUAUAAGUUCGCCAACGAAAUUGCCAGCGAAACGAGAAGCAGUUUGAGUGCAUUACUGAGCGAGAUUAGCUACAAGAAGGUGUUAUUAUCGAGCGCCAUGAAAGUAAUUGAUGAUCGACAGGCGCAAAUUACCGAGAAAAAGAAAGAAUUGUCCAAAGAGAUCGCUGAUUUGGUGGUAAAACUUACGAACGCGGUCAACUCACGUGGCAAGCAGCUUGUAUAUCGAUUAAAUCAGGUUUGUGACACAAAGCUUCAAGUAUUAAAUGAGAAAAAGGAAGCGCUUCAGCUACUCUCAGGACACACGGAUCAUUGUAUCGAUUUUGUGCAAACUGCUCUUGAUAAAGGUAGUGACAGUGCCGUUCUAUACAGCAAAAAAACACUUGCUCGGCAUCUGCAAAAGGUAAAAAGUCAACGGGCUGAUAUUCCAAACCCAGAAAUACCGGUUCGUGUCCAAUUGUAUCUUUCCAACGUACCGGAGUUGCAAAGCGUGAUUGCACGGAUUGGCACGAUACUAGUCGAUGGAAAAGUCUACCCAUCAUCACCAGGACCGAACAAUGGACCACAAGGACAUCCAGGAGCCAGCCCUGGCCCGAUUGCACCUCAAACUAGAAACAAACAACCAAGCCCGAAUAUAACACCACCUUUGAGGCCUGGUAUGCCUGGUCCAGGUAUGACAACACUUUCCUCCAAUGGUCCAGGUGCUAGUGGACCCAGCGUAGGAGGUGGCGCCGGUGGCUUCUCACAGGUUGCUCCUAUGUACAAUGGAAGCGGUGGUGUACCGGUUGGCGCUCCUUUCCCUCCCAACCAUCCGAUGAGCAGAUCGUUCUCACAAGAGAAUGGACCAGGUCCUGGACCGGGUUUUGGACGGUUUGGUCAAAUGGGACCACCGAUGGGUAUGCCACCGCAACAACAUGUCAGCUCCUCGACCCACCCACAAAAUAUGGACAUUAGUCUGCGUAAUUUAUUGAAUCAAAAGUCGAAUGGUCCCCCCCUUCCACCGGGUGGUGGAACAGUCGGACCAUCGUUAGGCAGUGGGUCAAUGCUCAACAGUCAAAGCAUCGAGUCGGGGGGAGGGGGUGGUAGUAACGGUGGUUGUGGAAAUGCUGGGGGACAUUCAGGCAACAAUGCUGGCAAUAACGCUCUGGCUAAUAAUCAAUUUACUGCCACAGCAAACUUCAUGGGCAGCGGAGUUUCACCAGGAGGAUCGGGCGGUGGACCACCAUCACACCGUUUGUCGGGUCAGCUGGGUGGUCCGGGAAAUUUUUUGGGUGGCACUGCUGGCGCACAUCAGAACUUCAAUCAACCUCCGCCUGGCGGCCCACCCAAUAGCGGUGGGAUGGGUAUGGGAGGGGGAGGAUCUGCAGCGGCGGCAGCUGCCGUAGCCGCAGCACGUUUUCAAUCUUUCCCACGAUUUGCUAUGCCCCCAUCGAUGCGGCAUAUAAUGGGUAAUAACUCUUCCACUUUACUGACACCUAAGCAGCAGUCUUUACGCUAUCCGGGACAACAAACUCAACCAGGAUAUAGUCCGAACUCCCCGCAACCACCUCAGCUGCAGCCACAACUUUCCGGUGCGCCCGUCCCUGGAUCUGGCGGAUCUGUCAGUAGUGGUGGUGGUGGAGGUGGUGGGGGAGGAAAUAUUGGAGGGGCUAAAUGGCAUAUUCCACAAAAUAUGCAAGCACAACAGAACAACGGGUUUUGUGGUCCUUCAGGAUUACAUCUUUUUGGAAACGGACCAAACGAGUCGUUCAAAAUUCCUUUGAAAUCGCCAGAUACUAUGCGCAAUGCGAUGCUUCUCAAUGGUAACAGUUCUUCCGGGGGUACACUUUCUCUCGGUGGUCACGGCGGUGGUGGAGGAGGAAGCUCAUCUAGCUCUAUCGGUAGUUCAUUACAUCAUCAUCAUCAUCAUCAUCAUCAUCAUAGCCAACAACAGCAGCAGCAACAAAAUCAGACACAGCAGCAUCAACAACAGCAGCAACAUCAACAGCAGCAACAGCACCAACAAUUACACAGUCAGCAACAAUUACAAAAUCAUCUGCAGCAGCUGCAAAACGCUCUUCCAAACGUUUCCUCCACCAAUCCAAAAACGCCUAGUCCGAGUACGAAUGAGCCUGGAAAGGAUUUCGCAGAAUCAAUUGAUAAAACUUGCGAAGACUCAGUGAACGAUCUGAUGGCCACGAUUGCCAAAUUAGAUUCAAACGGAGUUCAGGUUCUACCAGAAGGUCACCGUGGUAAAACAACGUCCCCGCAGGUACACAGUUCAACUGAUGUCAACACCAGUGGGAGUACAGUAAUUAGUGGUUCGAGCUCGAGCGCAGGUUCUACUAGUGGUUCUAACAACACUACAACUAUCGUGCUGGAUGAUAAAAACUUACCAAAAGAUCUCGAUCCAAAUGAAGAUUGGUGUGCAGUGUGCAUGGAUGGUGGUGAGCUAAUGUGCUGUGAUAAGUGCCCGAAGGUCUUCCACCAAACUUGCCACAUACCGGUAAUUGAUUCCCUGCCGGACGAGAGCGAAACUUGGCAGUGUCUGCUCUGUUAUAACUUUGCUGAUUUGCCACAUGAACCUGCGGGAGAAAAACGUAACAUAGGAAUAACGCCACUCGAGCUAAAAAUCCUGCAACGAAUUGUGUUGGAAUUGUUCUGCCAAUAUGAAACCAGUAUGCCCUUUCGUCAACUCGAGCCGGAAACAAACAAAGCGUAUUAUGAUAUUGUACGAAGUCCAAUUUCGUUAACGACCAUUCGUGAAAAGCUGGAAAUGAGCAAUAAUGACCAUUACACUGACAUUGUUUCGUUUAUCGCUGAUGUGAAGCGAUUGUUCGAUAAUGUUUAUCUAUACUAUCAGGAGGAUAGCAUGACGUACAAGAAUGCACGAAAGCUUGAAAAGUUCUUCGAACAGCAGCUGUCGAAGUGGUUACCAAAGUAUCUUGAAGUCGAGUGCUAUUCUGACGAUUAUCUACAGAGCGCAUCAAAACGUCUCAAAAAUCACCAAGAAGACUAACAGUCGCUAAAACCCGUGAGCGGUGCUACAAUGCAACAAAAGACCCUCUCGGAAUUGCAGGACCUAUGUCCUGACAUGCAACAGCAUCUAUGUGUUUUACAACCGGAAGAUCUUUCCCUUCAUUCCAGCAGUGGCGAUGAUCGUGUAUCGACUGACGAAAAAAAGUGCAACAAAGAUAAAGCAUCAUCCGAACAAACUAAUACAGAACUAGCCAGCCAAGAGCUUGAUAAUGUACUGUGGAAGUCAGAGCAUUCUCCUAUCGACGAUGAUGAGGAAGCUAGUUACUCAAUGAAUGAGAACAUUAGUGAACAAUGCAAAGUUUUGGAUCACCCAUCAGGUGGGAGGCCUACUUUACGGAAGCGAGAAACCUCGGCGACAGCAAUGGGAGGGAUUGCUAACGUAUUGGCAUCUACUGCUAAUGAUACCUGCGUCACUACCUUUGAUGAUACGGGAGCAGCAACAGCACCAUCGACGAAGGCGUCGCCCGAGGCAAUAGUAAAAAAUGUGGAUAAUGUAAUUGCACCAAUUGCAACGAUUGUCAUCAUGAAAGAAAAUCCCUAACAGGCAUGUAAGCAGAAAUUUCUUGUGGCCAACCUAAUCAACAUCCAAGGAUAAUUUAUAUAAAAUACCCAAUUAGAUGUAUAUAACUUAUAGCUGGUACAACAUUACUAGGUGAAUGUUCUGCAAACAGCUAGGAACAAUUUUCAUCGGGGUUUCACUGACAGCGGAUAAUUUUCGUUGUCAGAGCUUCUCCCUUUCCUUCCUAGCUGUUACGCAAGAAAGACGCAAGUAAAGUGAGACGGAGAAGCAGAGCACGUAACUUACAUGUUGCAUUAGUUACACACUGGAUACAACUGAAAUGCUGAACCGAAGAAGACAUUGAUAUUGAAUCAAUAUUUGCAUGACAAAAGAUUAUAUUUUUAAUAGUUGUACUAAACAAAACAGUGUGCAUUUCUCCAAGGUCGAGUGACAUUUGUAGUAUUGCAUUAAGAUUAAUCAUAACCAAAUGAAAAGUUGGGACAUCCCGGGUCGUUCGGUUUGUUGUUCGAAACCGACACAAUAUCAUAUUAUUUAUUAAUAAUUGCUAAUAUCGAAUAUGUUUUUUCGUUGGCUUAAGUUAUAUAAGUUCUGUAAACUAUUAUACAUUUUUUCUUCAAUGGUUUUGGAUGGCUAACAGCAGUUGCAUCAGUUAUUACAUUGUAUAGGAAAACUAUAGAAAUUACUUUGAUGAAAUCUGAAGUAUAAUAGACUUGUAUAAAACAUCAUAAAACUCAUAAACUUAUAAAUAAUGUAAGUAGCAUAACCGCAAACAGCAAAUAUCAAAAGUUGAAUUUUCAACUAACUAACGAAUCUUAGGACUAACGCUAACCUUGGUUAGCAUUCUUUUCAACGUAUCAUUUUUUUCACAUUUCACCGUUAGUCUGAUCCAAAUGCAAAAGUAUACGAAUGUUACAAGAUAUAGGUUUUCACAUUACGUAUGCUUCGAAAAUCGAUUUCUUUAUCUUUUCUCAUAUCCACACGCGCACACAUACAUACAUAAAACAAUGUUUUGUAAAAUUUCGAACAUUGGAAAGAAAAUGUGGUUAAAUUAGUUGGCAAAAUAUGAUUCGCUACUGAGUGAAUGAUAAAUAAAAACGAAAUUUAGGGCUAUACAUAAGCAAGCAUUAACAAUCGUGAAUAUGUUUAUAUAGGCUGGAUGUACCUAUGUGUACCUUUAUAUAUAUAGAUAUAUAUUUAUCGCAUACUUCCAUUCAUUUAUAGCGUACGAUCACCUUGCAACUUCUAAAAAUGGCAUAUGUAAGCAAACAUUGAACUUUCUCAAUGCUCUUAAGACAUGCGUAUAUAAUAACGAUACUUGAUGCAAGUAACUCGAACAAAGCGCUCUACGGAGACUGUAGGAUUUACAAUAAGAUGGUAUACACCGUAAAAGAUAAUGAAAAUGAAGGUUACAUUAUAAAUACUGCAGUGAAAUGAAAACAGUUAAAUUGUAAGCCGUAA